AUGAUGAGGUCUCUAUUUACACAGUGGUUUCUUGCAGCAAUCGUGGCACUGCUGAUGGCCACAUCUAGCACUACAGCAGCGCCGGCGCCAGCGCCAGUGCUAGUGCCCGUGCCGAACAAGUCUGCAUCACCCGCCAAACAUAUUGUUCUCCGAGACAGCUGCCCGUCCAGCGACCCAACGCAAUUCCCCUGCGAGGCGGGUUUGUCAUCUUACUACAUCCCGCAAAGCAGCCUCGAGUGUGCCCACUUCAUCUGCCAGGUUGACAGUAAUACUGUUCAAGUAAUCACAACCGAUUCGGAGACCACCCAAAAGAAAUCAGUUGCCCUCCCAGCUGUCCUGGGCACGGUCAUCCCUGUCGGCAUCAUUGGAGCUGGUGUGCUGCUCUUCUUGCUGCGUCGCCGCCACAAAAAGCAGCGGGCCAUGGAUGCUCAGCACGAGGAUGCUAGAUACAUGUCGAGCUAUAACAACUUGAUUGACGACAGCUCCGCCAAUGGGGCCAGAUCCAAUCGCGCAUACUCGUCAACGUACAGCGUGAGCAAAUGGCGUGACUCAGCAAUGCGGGCACCGGAAACCCCGGGCUCACAUGCCUCAAUUCCCAUUAUUUUCUCGGCAGAAUAUAACGGCGAUCAGGCACUGGGCUACCGCGAGACCAAGCUGUACAACACUGGCACACAGGCAAACGAAACUGGCCAGUGGGCAUCGCCAAACGUCGUAAACCUUAAGCAAAAGCCACAGCUUGUGGUUCUCGGCGGCAACGCGUCAUUUACGGGAACAGAUUUAGGAGCUGACACUACUAACGUCCAGGUUUUACGCCCGGGAGGCCAAAACAGCAAUACUCAAAUUACACCUGAUACGCCACUAACACCAGAGACGCCAUUUGCAUCUGCUGUAUCAGAUAUGGCCAUGCCUGUCACGUCGCAGAUGUCUGGGGUGGUCCAAGCAAAUCGGCUGCAGGGCAAUCGCGCCAUAGAAUCAGUUCAGAACCAGGACCAGUCAGCCCCGGGCUCGCCUCUUCGCGUCUUGGACAACGGGUGGGACAGUGAUGCGGAUGGACCAGACGCUGAGGCCUCUGACAACUACAGUGAGUCUGAAAAUGGCGAGGAAUACGACUCUGACAGCCAAGGUGAUGGCGAACGUGAUGGCGUCCCGGAUGAUGGUGCCCCGGAUGAUGACACGGACGCAUCUUACGAGGAAUACCCCAAGUCAGAGCUAGAGUCGGAGGCUGAAGCAGAGUCCGAACUCGAACCUCAAUCAAAAAAAUUGCACCAAAAUCAAUUGACACUUGGUCCUGAGCUUAAAUUUGAUAGCUCAGAUCUGGAUUUAUUCUCCAGUGAUCUGCUGAGUGCGGCUCAAAAUAUUGGCGCUGGCCCAUGA